GCGAAGCGUGAACAGUUGUUAAGUGGAAAAUGGAGGCUGGAUUUUACAUGGCGAUUCUUACCUGCUUGAUCUUCACGAGUUCGGAAGGGUUUCAGAUUGUCCAUGUCCAGAAACAACAGUGCCUUUUCAUAAAUCAAAAAGUGAUCGUGGGUUCAUGCAAUGAGACCAGCCAGAACCAGCAGUGGCUAUGGACUCAGGAUGGAAAGCUCCAGCAUGUUAAAUCUGCUCUGUGCCUGGGUGUCUCCAACUCCUCCCGUGGCCCUUCGCGAGCUGCUGUCUUCUCCCACUGCUCCCAGGCACCCCGAUGGACCUGCUAUGAGAAGGAAGGGUUCCUUGAGGUGGAAAAUACAUCUUUCUUUCUCAAGAAGCAAGGCUCUAAGGUAGUGAUCAAGAAGGGCAGGAAAUACCUCCAUAGCUGGAUGAAAAUAGAGGCCAAUGAGAAGGGAAAACUGGUCAAUGAAAGCCUCUGCUUAAAAAAAGCUCGCCUGGGAGCAGAAGUUUUAGUGCGGAGCACUAGAAACACAACUCCUCCUCAGAUCCCCACUACAUUUAAUACAGUUCCGUAUAGCCCAGAAAACCUUAUUAGGAACACCACGGAGGCCUUCAUCAGGAAUACUACGGAAAACUACACCCAAAACAGCAGCCAGAGGAAUCACCCUAAUCUGCGCAUGACUGAAAUCGCAGACACGUCAUGGGUUCCACUGUCUACUCAGCCCUUCUCCAGCACCACUGAAGAGACCGGCCUGGCGGAGUCAGUGAGAUGUAACUUCACCCUGACGGAGCACAGAGUCUCCGACCGGUGGCUGUCUAUCCAGUGGAGAACGUUAGGGUCACCCUGUAAUUUCAGUGUCAUCUACAGCAGUGACACCUCGAGGUCCAUGUCGUGCCUCACCAUGCAGAUAGACAACACCACCUACGAAUGCAGUCCCAGAGAUUUACAAGCUGGAACCACCUACCACGUCAGGAUAGUUUCUCUGGAUGGAGAGGAGAGGAGUGUGGUCUUGCAAACAGAUCCUUUACCUCCUACUACAUUUGAGGUCAAGAAAGAGACAGUAACUUCAACCAGCUUGCAGGUUUGGUGGACUCAUUCUCCUGGAAAAGUCACUUGGUAUGAGUUGCAGAUAUCUGAUGAUAAUAACAAAAAGAUACAAAGGGUCCAAAGUCAAGAAAGUACUUCAUGGAAUGAAUACACUUUUUUAAACCUCACUGCUGGCCACAAUUAUAAUAUUGCCAUCACAGCUGUUUCUGGAAAUAAAAGUUCUUCUACAAUUUACACCAAUGCAUCAACCGUGCCUUCUCCAGUAGAAGAUAUUGACGCUUCCACAAAAACUAAUUCUCUUCUGGUUUCCUGGUCCCAUGGUGCUGGGAAUGUGGAACAAUACAGGCUGACGUUAAUAGAUAAAGAUACCCUAGUUCACGACACUAUUGUGGACAAACAUGAUACUUCCUAUACUUUCCGUGGGCUGAUCCCUGGCCACCUCUACAACCUCACUAUUGUGACCAUGGCUGCAGGAUUGCAAAAUUACAGAUGGAAACAAGUCAGAACAGCCCCCAUGGAAGUCUCAAAUCUGAAAGUGACAAAUGAUGGCAGUUUGACCUCUCUAAAAGUCAAGUGGCAAAGACCUCCUGGAAAUAUAGAUGCCUACAACAUUACCCUGUCUUACCAAGGAAUCAUCAAAGAAUCCAGAAUAUUAGCACCUCAGGUUACUGAAACUCACUUUAAAGACUUAGCCCCUGGACGACUUUAUCAAGUUGUCAUCAGCUGUAUCUCUGGUGAACUGUCAGCUCAGAAGAUGGCAGUAGGCAGAACAGUUCCAGACAAAGUUGGGAACCUUGAGGCAAAAAGCAGUGGUUGGAUGAGUUCCCUUGUAGUGAGCUGGUCUCCCCCUGCUGGAGACUGGGAGCAGUACCGCGUCGUGCUCCUCAACGGGACUUCAGUACUGCUCAACGCCACUGUGGGAAAGGAGAAAACACGGCACGUCCUGGAUGAUGUGGGGCUCAUCCCGGGAAGACAGUAUGAGGUACAAGUCACUGUGGAGAGUGGAAAUCUGAAGAAUACUGAGCGUUGCCACGGCAGAACAGUUCCCCUGGCUGUCCUCCACCUUCGGGUCAAACAUGCCAAUGAAAGCUCACUGGGCAUCAUGUGGCAGACGCCUGUAGCAGAGUGGGAGAAAUACAUCAUUUCCCUGGCUGACAGAGACCUCCUGCUCAUUCACAAGUCCCUCUCCAAAGAUGCCAAAGAAUUCACUUUCACUGACCUGGUACCCGGACGAAAAUACACAGCUACAGUCACCAGCAUCAGUGGAGACUUGAAAAAUUCUUCUUCAAUAAAAGGAAAAACAGUGCCUGCUCAAGUGACUGACUUGCAGGUGACCAACCAAGGGAUGACCAGCAGUCUGUUUGCUAGCUGGACAGAGGCACUGGGAGACACAGAAUUCUACCAAGUCUUACUGAUCCAUGAAAACGUGGUCAUCAAAAAUGAAAGUGUCUCCAGUGAGACGAAUAAAUACAGCUUCCACUCUCUGAAAGCGGGCAGCCUCUACUCGGUGGUGGUGACGACAGUGAGUGGCGGGAUCUCUUCCCGACAGGUGGUAGAGGAAGGAAGAACAGUUCCUUCCAGUGUGAGCGGAGUGACUGUGAACAAUUUAGGCCGAAAUGACUACCUCAGCGUGUCCUGGCUGCCAGCGCCUGGUGAUGUGGAUAACUAUGUGGUAACACUCUCUCACCAUGGCAAGGUGGUUCAGUCCCUCGUCAUUGCCAAGUCUGUCAGCGAUUGUUCCUUCAGCUCCCUCACCCCGGGCCGCCUCUACAACGUGACCAUUACUACCAGGAGUGACAAGUACGAAAAUCAUUCCUUCAGCCAAGAGCGGACAGUGCCUGACAAGGUCCAGGGAGUCAGUAUUAGCAACUCAGCCAGGAGUGACUAUUUGAAGGUGUCCUGGUUGCAUGCUACAGGUGACUUUGAUCUCUAUGAAGUCACCAUUAAAAACAAAAACAACUUCAUUCAAACCAAAAGCAUUCCAAAGUCAGAAAACGAGUGUGUCUUUGUUCAGCUUGUCCCCGGACGGCUGUACAGCAUCACUGUUAGUACAAAAAGUGGACAAUAUGAAGCCAGCGAACAAGGAAAUGGGAGAACAAUCCCAGAGCCUGUAAAGGAUCUAACACUGAAGAACAGAAGCACUGAGGACCUCCACGUGACUUGGUCACGAGCCGCUGGGGACGUUGACCAGUAUGAGAUCCAGCUGCUCUUCAAUGACAUGAAAGUAUUUCCUUCUUUUCACCUUGUAAAUACCGCAACCGAGUUUUGGUUCACCUCCCUAACACCAGGGCGCCAGUACAAAAUUCUUGUCCUGACCAUCAGUGGAGAUGUACAGCAGUCAGCCUUCAUUGAAGGCUUAACGGUGCCUAGCACUGUCAAAAAUGUUCACAUUUCUCCCAGUGGAGCAACAGAUAGCCUGAUGGUGACCUGGACCCCUGGCAGUGGAGACGUUGACUCUUACGUGGUGUCUGCAUUCAGGCAGAAUCAGAAGGUUGAGUUUCAGACCAUCCCCAAGCAUGUUUCAGAGCACACAUUCCACAGACUGGAGGCGGGAGAACAGUACCGGAUCGUGAUUGCCGCCAUCAGCGGGUCCCUGAGGAACGAGAUAGGUGCAUUUGGGCGGACAGUUCCAGCGUCUGUCCAGGGAGUAAGUGCAGACAAUGCAUAUAGCAGUCAUUCCUUAAUAGUAAGUUGGCAAAAAGCCACUGGCGUGGCGGAAAGAUAUGAUAUCCUGCUUCUAAAUGAAAAUGGGAUCCUUCUGAGCAACACAUCAGAGCCAGCUACUGCUAAGCAGCACAAGUUUGAAGAUCUAACCCCGGGCAAGAAAUACAAGAUACAAAUCCUAACUGUCAGUGGAAGUCUCUUUAGCAAGGAAGCCCAAACUGAAGGCCGAACAGUGCCAGCAGCUGUCACCAAUCUGAGGAUCACAGAAAACUCCACUAAACAUCUAUCCUUCAGCUGGACUUCCUCAGAGGGGGAACUCAACUGGUACAACAUCUUUCUGUACAACCCAGAUCGAACUCUUCAAGAAAGAGCACAAGUUGACCCACAAGUCCAGAGCUUCUCUUUCCAGAACUUACUGCAAGGCCGAAUGUAUAAAAUGGUGAUUGUCACUCACAGUGGGGAGCUGUCUAAUGAGUCAUUCAUAUUCGGGAGAACAGUCCCAGCCGCUGUCAGCCAUCUCAAGGGAUCUAAUGAGAACAGGACAGACAGCCUUUGGUUCAGCUGGACUGCAGCCCCUGGGGACCUCGACUUUUAUGAGCUGAUUCUCUACAAUCCCAAUGGCACCAAGAAGGAGAACUGGAAACACAGGGACCUCACAGAGUGGCGUUUUCACGGCCUGGUCCCUGGGAGGAAGUACACACUGUGUGUGGUGACUCAUAGCGGAGAUCUCAGCAACAGGAUCACAGGGGAGGGCAGAACAGCCCCAAGUCCUCCCAGUCUUCUGUCAUUUGCUGAUGUUGCAAAUACAUCCUUAGCCAUCACCUGGAAAGGACCCCCAGACUGGACAGACUACAGUGACUUUGAGUUGCAAUGGCUCCCCAGAGAUCCGCUCACAAUCUUCAAUCCCUACAGCAACAAAAAGUCAGAAGGACGCAUUGUGUAUGGUCUUCGUCCAGGGAGAUCCUAUCAGUUCAGUGUCAAGACUGUCAGUGGUGAUUCCUGGAAAACCUACAGCAAACCAGUUUCUGGAUCUGUGAGGACAAAACCAGACAAAAUACAAAAUCUUCACUGCCGCCCUCAGAACUCAACGGCCAUUGCCUGUUCUUGGAUCCCUCCUGAUUCUGACUUCGAUGGGUAUAGCAUUGAAUGCCGCAAAAUGGACACCCAAGAGAUUGAGUUUUCCAGAAAGCUUGAGAAAGAAAAAUCUUUGCUCAACAUCAUGAUGCUGGUACCCCAUAAGAGGUACCUUGUAUCCAUCAAGGUACAAUCAGCCGGUGUGACCAGCGAGGUGGUUGAAGAUAGCACCAUCACAAUGAUAGAUCGCCCUCCUCCUCCACCCCCACAUAUUCGGGUGAAUGAAAAGGAUGUGCUAAUUAGCAAAUCUUCCAUCAACUUUACUGUCAACUGCAGCUGGUUCAGUGACACCAAUGGAGCUGUGAAAUACUUCACAGUGGUGGUGAGAGAGGCUGACGGCAGUGAUGAGCUGAAGCCAGAACAACAGCACCCUCUCCCUUCCUACCUGGAAUAUAGACACAAUGCCUCCAUUCGAGUGUAUCAGACAAAUUAUUUUGCCAGCAAAUGUGCCGAAAGUCCUGACAGCAAUUCCAAGAGUUUUAACAUUAAGCUUGGAGCAGAGAUGGACAGCCUAGGUGGAAAAUGUGAGCCCAAUCAGCAAAAAUUCUGUGACGGACCUCUCAAGCCUCAUACUGCCUACAGAAUCAGCAUUCGGGCAUUUACUCAGUUGUUUGAUGAGGACCUGAAAGAGUUCACAAAGCCUCUCUACUCAGACACAUUUUUCUCUUUGCCUAUCACCACGGAGUCAGAGCCCUUGUUUGGCGUUAUCGAAGGGGUGAGUGCUGGCCUCUUCCUAAUCGGCAUGCUGGUGGCGCUCGUGGCCUUUUUCAUCUGCCGGCAGAAAGUGAGCCACGGUAGAGAAAGGCCCUCGGCACGCCUGAGCAUUCGCAGGGAUCGACCACUGUCCGUGCACCUGAACCUGGGCCAGAAAGGUAGCCGGAAAACUUCUUGCCCCAUAAAAGUAAAUCAGUUUGAAGGUCAUUUCAUGAAGCUUCAGGCUGACUCCAAUUACCUGCUUUCCAAGGAGUAUGAGGACUUAAAAGACGUGGGUCGAAACCAGUCUUGUGAUAUUGCACUCCUGCCCGAGAAUAGAGGAAAAAAUCGAUACAACAAUAUACUGCCAUAUGAUGCCUCACGAGUGAAGCUAUCCAAUGUAGAUGACGACCCUUGCUCCGACUACAUCAACGCCAGCUACAUCCCGGGCAACAACUUCAGAAGAGAAUAUAUCGCCACUCAGGGACCGCUUCCUGGCACCAAGGAUGACUUCUGGAAAAUGGCAUGGGAACAGAACGUCCUCAAUAUUGUCAUGGUGACCCAGUGUGUGGAGAAGGGUCGAGUGAAGUGUGACCAUUACUGGCCAGCGGAUCAGGACUCCCUCUACUACGGGGACCUCAUCCUGCAGAUGCUCUCAGAGUCCGUGCUACCUGAGUGGACCAUCAGGGAGUUCAAGAUAUGCAGCGAGGAACAGCUCGAUGUACAGAGACUCAUCCGUCACUUUCACUAUACAGUGUGGCCGGACCAUGGAGUUCCCGAGACCACGCAGUCCCUGAUCCAGUUCGUGAGAACCGUCAGGGACUACAUCAACAGGAGCCCUGGUGCCGGGCCCACUGUGGUGCACUGCAGUGCCGGUGUGGGUAGGACUGGAACCUUUAUCGCAUUGGACCGAAUCCUCCAGCAAUUAGACUCCAAAGACUCUGUGGACAUUUACGGAGCUGUGCAUGACUUAAGACUUCACAGGGUUCACAUGGUCCAGACUGAGUGUCAGUACGUAUACCUACAUCAGUGUGUGAGAGAUGUCCUCAGAGCAAGGAAGCUACGGAGUGAACAAGAAAACCCCCUGUUUCCAAUCUACGAAAAUGUGAAUCCAGAGUAUCACAGAGAUGCAGUCUAUUCAAGACGUUAAGAUUGUACCUGAAGAUCUCCUGGAUAAAAAUUUUUCACUGUGUGAUUAAAAAAGCAAAAAACAAAAAAACUUCCUUCCUGCCCUACAGAGGUGCCAGCUAUUUCUGUUGAUACUAUGUAUAAUUUAUUACUCUGGAGAAUGUUAAAGAAUUUAUGUAAUUUAAAGGUAACAGAUAUUGUUGUACAUAGUUAUAUUUUGUACUUUCUCCUGUAAAUAUGUAUUUUUCAUAAUGUUUAAUAUUAAGCUUUAUAUAAGACUAUUUUUCCACACUAAAGUGUUUAUGGCUUGUUCUACAUAAGCUAGUGCAACCUGUGUGACAGGGCUACGGGUGACAUAUGUAAGAAAGUGGUCGCAGAAACAAUCCCUUGAGUUGUUUCUUAUCUAAGUGCUCACUGGUCAAGAUACAGGGCCAGAUUAGAAAGAGUAACAGCAUGACUAGUUCUGCUGUAUUUCUGGCUCAUGAAUCCUGAGAUCCAAAGAUGACCCAGAUGCUAUUAGGACAAAGAUAGCUACAACAGCCAAAAAAAAAAAAAGAUUAGUGGUGGGGGUGCCUUAGUGGUAGAAUGUAUGUUUAGUAUGUACAGGCACUAGGUUCAAGCCCCAGCACACACACACACACACACACACACACACAAUAUUAAUAAUAAUAAAAGAAAAUUUGAAUUAGGAUUAGACAGCACCAAACUGAGCCAGGUCACGGUGCCUAAACUAGUUGCUUUCUCCCUUUCUUCUGCUAGGGAAUCAAGCCAAAAUGGUCAUCCCAGGGGCCAUGUCACUUGCAGUUCAAGCCCAGCCUGCAGUGAGGUGCUGAUAGGUGAGGAUCCAGACAGAAACACAGGAAUUCUUGGGUUACAAAGAACACUAGCCACAGUGAUCGCAGAUUUCUUUGCUGUAUUUGCAGUGCGGAACGUGAACGCUCGUGUCCAUGCUAUGAUGUUGGUUUCUGGAUACAUUCUAGUCUUUGUCUCAUCUCCCAUGGUCGGUAUUCCUGGAAAAGUCAUGUUUGGUUUUCCCAUUAAAGAAAGAUUAUGGUGGCGAUUA